AUGAUUAUCUCGGUUAUUGGAAGCAGUAGCGCCAAGCCUGAACACGCUGCCCUGGCAGAGGAAGUCGGCAGGGAGUUGGCCAGGCGGGGUAUUAUGGUGGCUUGCGGCGGCAUGACCGGAGUGAUGGAAGCGGCGUGCCGGGGCGCCAAGGAGGAGGGGGGCACUACCAUCGGAAUUUUGCCGGGCCGGCGGGGCACUGCCUAUAACUCCCAUGUCGACAUUCCCAUCUUCACGACUCUGGGUUACGCGCGAAACAUCAUUGUGGUCCAUUCCGGCGAGGCAUGCAUUGCCAUCGGCGGAGCCUUCGGCACCUUGUCGGAAAUCGCCUACGCAUUGGAUGCCAAGAUACCUGUUGUUGGCCUUAACAGUUGGCCGUUGACCAUUAAGGGAGACGGAGAUCCCAUAGUUGAUGGGGUGAUUCCAGCCGCCGACCCGGCCGACGCGGUGGAAAAAGCGGUAGCUGCCGCCGGGGCAGCUGCACAGAACUGA